GUGUCAUUGUUAGUGUCAAACAUAGUUGUCACCAAUUUUUAAAAUCCCAAAAAAAUAAAAUGUUGUAACUAAAUUCCCACAAAAAUUAGACCCAUUUAAAAUGUAAUAAACCUUUCGCUAAAAUGAUGAAUUCUGCGUUGAGUUGUUGAUAGAUACGAUUAUGGACCAUCUGAUGACCACAGAGGAUAGCUACGCUGAACGCAGGCAGCUCUUCAAGAAUAUCUGGGAAACAGCCAUGAAUAUAGAAGAUAAAGACAAUGAUAUCAUGAAUAAACCUAAAGUUAUAAAAACAUUAAGACUGGAUGAAGUUGAUCGUUAUGGAGUAAACAAGAAGAAGAAACUGAAACUGAAGAAUUUAAGAGCUGUCUGCAACAAAAUUCUGGAUUUCUGCGAUCGGCAAGAAGCGGAUGAUUUGUUUUACGAACAGAUGAACGCGGAGGGUCAAGUACCGACACAAAUAAAUGUCGAUCUAAAGCCAAAGAAAGUAAAACACGUACGUACCAAAAAGAAAAUGAAAAAGUCCAAAAGCCUUUACUCGCCGGCCAGGAGUCCCGCCCGCGCUAGAGCCACGACAUCAGAGAGAAAGGACGACUUCAACGCAGAAGUUGCAAACAAAACCUCAAGAAACACUUCUCCUAUAAAAAUCAGGCGAGCGAACAUAGCUAAAGCUGCUACCAACAAAAACCUCAAGAAGAGAUUAUCAGCAACCAACUCCCCGAGAGAUGUAAUGACGAACCACAAAGUCAUAAAGAAAGGUGCUAUGAGAUAUUAUUACGUUAUCAAACCUGUUGUAGAACGUGUUACAAUAAGUCCACCCAAAAAGCUUCUUCAAGUCCAUAAAAUAACUAUCAAUUAAUUACAUACUUAUCUAUUUCAUAAUGUAAUCUAGAAAUAAUAAUACUGAUGUAAUGGGAAUA